AUGUCUAUCUAUCUAUCUAUCUAUCUAUCUAUCUAUCUAUCUAUCUAUCUAUCUAUCUAUCUAUUAUAUACCACUGACAUUUUUUCUUUUUCGUUUACGUUGGGUUUUUACUUUUUCACCUGUUGUUUCUGCGAUCGUUUCCAUCUCCCUCUUUUCACCUUCCUUUUUCCACCACCCCCUUUCCACCUCCCUUUCCACCAACCUCUUUCCACCUCCCUUUAUCUACCACCCUCUUUCCACCACCAGCUUUCCACCUCUAUCUUUCUACUUCCCUAUUUCCACCUCCCUUUUUCCACCAACCUCUUUCCCCCACCCCCUUUCCACCCCUCUCUUUCCACUUCCCUAUUUCCACCUCCCUUUUUCCACCACCCUCUUUCCACCUCUCUUUCCACCAACCUCUUUCCACCUCCCUAUAUCUACCACCCUCUUUCCACCCCCUUUUCCUCUCUCUUUACAUCACCCCUUUCCACUAGCCACUUUCCAUCUCUUUCUUUCUAA